CAUCCCCACGCACGUCGGCGUGUGACGUCACCAAGUCGCACUCGAUCGAUCGUGUUUGUGUGCUUGUAGGAUCCACUCAGUUAAUGCACACAGCAUUAGACGAGUAAAAAAAGUUUUAGGGCGAUAAAAGUUUUCUUUUUUUUGCCGGCGAAACUUGUGGGAAAGCUUUUCGCCAGUCCAGGUCACAAUUGGAUUUAUUUUAUUUUUUUUAAACAUUCAAAUUGACUUAAUCUCCGUCCGUGGAUGUUUCUACACUGCUCAUGUGUGCCUCGUGGACAAAAUGAGGCAGCGUGUCAGACCUUGCGGGGGACAAUGCAGCAAGAUGCUGCGUGGACGACGGUUCACCCACGAACACAGACCGACAGAUCGGAACGUAAAGAAUGACCCUGGAGUCUUUGCAUGAGAAGUCCCUAAGAACUGGAGUGGGCAUACCAGGAUAAAAAAAAAAAAAAAAAAUGAAGUUCAAAUAUGCGGCGGUCUUCAUCUUUAUCGUGGCGUUGGUCAUCAUCGAAAAGGAAAGCAAUAUCAUAUCAAGAAUGUCGGAUAAGAUCCUGCAAAGACCAACUCCACAGCAGAGCACGCAACCGUCACUGGAUUACAGCAACACGACCCAAACCGAGUUCAACGUGAUGCUCUCCAACGUUUCAGAAGAGAGUCGAAAUCUAAGCGAUGAACUUCCAAAUCUUGGCCAGAAGAACAUCUUACUCAUGGCCACCACAAGAACUGGGUCUUCAUUCAUGGGGGAACUCUUUAACCAGCACGGAGAGAACAUGUUCUACCUCUUUGAGCCUCUGUGGCAUGUCGAAGACACCACGAAGACGACAAGGAACAGUAGUUUGCCGCCGGAAAUUUAUCGGGAUCUACUCCAGGGUCUCUUCUUGUGUGACUUCACCCAACUGGAGAAGUUCCUCUACCCCCCUGCCCAGGACCACGUGGCCUCGUGGCUAUUCCGCAGAUAUUCCAGUUUGUCAUUGUGCGAAGAGCAAGUCUGUAGCCCCUUCGUCAAGGAGGUUUUUGAGAGGCACCGCUGUAAAAAUCGACAGUGCGGUCCCCUCAACCUGACCCUGGCUUCGCAGUCGUGCCUUUCCAAACAAUACCGAGCCAUUAAGUCUGUUCGAGUGCAUCAGUUGGAAACGCUGCGCCCUCUGGUCGAGGACCCUCGCAUGAACAUCAAAAUAAUCCAGUUAGUCCGAGAUCCACGUGCCAUAGUGGUGUCACGCAUGGUGGCCUUCUCUUUAAAGUACCAGACGUUGAAGCCUUCGGAGCAGGAGGGUCAGGUGCCCGAGACUGACGAAACGUGGAAAAACUUAAAAGGGAACUGCGACAACAUGAAAAGGUCCGCCGAGUUGGGCCUGAGCCAACCGCGUUGGCUGAGGAGAAGCUACAUGUUGGUGCGCUACGAAGACAUCGCUCGCAACCCGAUACAGAAAGCGGAGGAGAUGUACAGAUUCACGGGGAUCCCGUUCAGCCCCAAAGCUCGCGAGUGGGUCUUGAAGAACACCCAAACCACACGGGAUGCCAACGACUUCUUCUCCACCCAAAGGAAUUCGUCAGAGCAGGCGGAGAAAUGGAGAUAUGGAAUUCCUUUCACAUUAGCUCAGGCGGUGCAGCGACUGUGCGGACCUACCAUGAAGCUCUUUGGCUACAAGUUUGUGGACGAUGCAAAGACCCUCGUCAAUAAGUCCAUCAGCUUGUGUGAGGACAAGACAUUUCACUAAAGUCUGGAGAUUAUGUCUUGAAGCGAAAGCCAGGUGCUGUAGCGUUAACUGAGCGUCUCGAUGGCGUAUGAAGGUAUCCACUGUGACUCGGCCUCAAUGGCUGCAUUGUGUUCACUUUGGCUCGGGUUCAGCUAACAUUGCCCUUUUUUUGGCUAGCGAAAAGGGAUAUAUGCAACUACAUAUACUCUCCUUGAUUUAAAAUAUGAACAUUUGCAGCCGGUAAACUGCCAACAUGGAAGCGUUUAAAAACAAAAUGGCUACAGUGAAGUCACAAGGGACCCUGGAACAAGACGACUCAUUCAAUAACUCGGUUUGGCCAUUACGUUUUAGGUACAAAGAGUCUUGUUGUCCAAGUCUUAAAGGUCAAGUGUGACUAAAAGACUUGACAAACCUACUCUGAAGUAUGACACUUAUUUUAAAAUGAGACCUGAAAAGUUGAUCAUUGUUCUGUGACUUUCUUUUCGCUUUGCUAGCUCUCAUUUAGAUCUUUCAAUAAGGCCUAUAUGUCUUUUUAUAUUGUCUCUCUAUUUCACAGAUGAAGAUUUACCAAAAGAACAGGAGCUUCACUGUAUGUGAAUUUGGUACUGAAUGCUCAGAAUUGCCAUGGAUCCCCAAAAGGCAGUGGGGCAAAUAACCAGAGGAAGACAGGCAGCUCAUUCAAGUCUACAUACUUUCUGCCUGUUUAAUCCCCCAGUAGAGUAAAAGCACUUUAGAAACCACAGCUGUUGAUCAAGAUGCCCCUUUACUUCACCCAAACACACACACCCUGUUUGGAUAAUCCCUCCAAUGUUGAAGAACAGCAACAGACGUGACCAUUGAGUAUAAAAUGGGGAAAAAGUCUAGGUUUUUAAUGUAAACAGGGGAAAGUGUCAAUAAAUGUAAGAUUGUAAGCUUGUUUGGAAUGGUUUUACAGUUUGUAUUGUACUACGUAAAAUAGUACUAGUUUUACUGUCUCACAAAAACUGUAGAGAUUAUCCCAAGGCCCAUUUCUACCACAAUGUCAUAGAGUUAGCUAGCUAGCUUGGUUGUUACGAUUUACUUAGAGGACUGUGUUGUCAUUUACAUUCUCAAGCAAGGGGUUGAUAUCAUACCCUUGGUUGACAAGAGCUCCAGAAGCCUUUUAGCUCUCAAGCUAGCCACCAGAGACUUUAAGAGGAUGCUACUCUUUAUAUAACCUUCAAAUGAUAUUGACUUUACCUGUAAAGGUUAUAGUUAAUCCCGAAAUUCCCUAUUAUCCCUAAUUUCAUGUGACAAGCACACAUUUCCGCUGUCAUAAAAAGCCUGACUGUACUCAUGUUUAGCUCUCCACCUCUAGCAAACACACACAUACACACCCUCUUUGAGCAAUAUACUCCAUCAUCUUGGCCGCUCUACUUGCAAGGUAAACAAAUGCUGUGGUUGGGUCGGAACACUGAGGUGCCUCACAUGCCUCCAGUGCUGUCCCGGCUGACAGGGCCCUUGUGUUUGGGACUUUACUGUGCCAAGCUUUGCAUGGAUAUCAGGUAUGAAAUUGGAAUAGUAAAUACAGUUAGUUAACUCAACCCUUUCCUAAAGCCUUUACUUA